GUCCCCUCCCAGCGGGUCUCCCUCCCUCCGCCACUGCAGAGAAAGAGAGCCUGAAGCUGGCUCGGCGACCUACCAACUCUCCCCCCUCCCUCCCCUCCUGUUGGACCUCUUUUCCGCUCUCAUCGCCUCCUGGUAUUUCGUCAUCCGACCUGCAAAGAUGGGAAAUGAAGCCAGCUUCCCCCUGGAGAUGUGCACACAUUUUGAUGCCGAUGAGAUUAAGAGGCUGGGGAAGAGGUUUAAGAAGCUGGACCUGGAUAACUCCGGCUCUCUCAGCGUGGAGGAGUUCAUGUCGCUGCCGGAGCUCCAGCAGAACCCUCUGGUUCAGAGAGUCAUCGACAUCUUCGACACGGACGGGAACGGAGAGGUGGACUUCAAAGAGUUCAUCGAGGGAGUCUCACAGUUCAGCGUCAAAGGUGACAAAGAGCAGAAGCUCCGCUUCGCCUUCCGGAUCUACGACAUGGACAAGGACGGCUACAUCUCCAACGGAGAGCUCUUCCAGGUGCUGAAGAUGAUGGUGGGCAACAACCUGAAGGACACGCAGCUCCAGCAGAUCGUAGACAAGACCAUCAUCAACGCGGACCGGGACGGAGACGGACGGAUAUCCUUUGAGGAGUUCUGUGCAGUGGUCGGAGGUCUCGAUAUACACAAAAAGAUGGUGGUGGACGUGUGAGCGCUCCUCCGCCUCCCUCCCUCAUAUUUCAACUUUUUUUUUUUGUUAAUUGUUAUUUUUAAUAUUUAUUUUUUUGUUUGUUCUUGUUUUUUAUAAAUAAUAAAAAAUACAAGUAUAUCUAUGGUUUGUCUGCUGAGGAGAAGUGUAUAGCUUAUGGACACUUAAGUAGAAAGAAGGGUAUGAAGUGCCAACCGGAACAUAUCCAGAAACCAGGCCAAGUUAUUACCCAUCAUGCACCACCUCCAGUCAUAACUCUGUCAUUUUAUUUUUUAACUUACAUGCGAGCUCUUUUGGAUUCAGACUCUUUCAGCAAAGCAAUUCAUUUCUCCAACACUUGAUAGUUUCAUUCAUGCUGAAGAAUGUGUUUAAUGAAAUCAUUAGCUAGAUAUAAAUUAAUGCCAAGAAAAUGUCUUUUCAAAUAAUAAUGUGUGCUGCAAACAAAUAACUGGGUUUACUGUUUGUUCACCAGCGUGGAGCGGUGAGGUUACAACACGAGUGUGCGUACAUAGAGACGUGUCUGCAGGCAGCGUUUGUGUUUUAAAUCAAAAUGUGUAUAUUAGAUAAUCAAUGUGUGCUCAGCUUUAACCGCCAGAGGAGAAAAGCUUUUACCUGAAACACUUUUCCGGUACAGCGAGGUACGGAACACAUUUAGAGCCACGUGUGAAAGCGUGUUUACAUGUGCCGUUAAUCCUCCUCCGUAGAAGACUUUUAUUUUUAUUUUCAAAACUUAAUUUUCUCCCCUCACACUAUUACACAAACCGGGAGAAAAACUAACUUUACCAAAUUUUUCAUCCCUGAAAACAAGAAAAGAUAAAAAUGCUUCUGGCUAUAAACGGCAUCGGGAAAGCUUUUGUUUUGAAGGGCGACUGCAUAGCUCGGGCCUCCCUCUGCUUGCAUGACAUGAAAAAGUUGUGCAUGUGGAUCCAUUUAUUAAAAUAAAUAAUCCUCUUGUUUACACAUGGAAGGUGAUGUUAAUAUAUUUAACGGUAUACAACACAGAUGUUGCCAAACUCUGGUACAUGUUCACUUAAGAUGAGAGGAAAUCCAAAAUGAACUGAACUACGUGUAACUUCUGUAUUUGUAAACGGGGUCAGCGAGAGACUCGUGUUCCAGUUCAGAUCUGAUCCCGUCUCAAACUGCACGGAGCUUAACGACGUUCUGAUGUUUGUAUACAAGUAUUUGUUUCUCUGCAUAGUUCAGAUCACGCUGUAGUUUAAGUGAUAUUUUAAUGUGUCUCCUCAGAGGGAUCUCUUAGUUUAUUUUCUGCAUGCUGCAUCUUGCGCUGUGGGACUGUUGGAAACUUGAUACUGUAAGAAAAGUAAACAACUUAAAUAAACUUUGAAAUGUUGAAAGUAAUCAAUUCAGGAUGUUAUUGAGCAGAAUGUUUAAUUAUCACCAAACGAUCCAAAACACAAAAUGACACUCGAGCUGUUGGUGCGGAUUGAAAUGAUUUAUUUACAUAAACUUAAACGUGUCGCAUAACAGAGGAACCUGAUGUGUCAGUCAACCAAUGAGGGGCGGGAUCAACGCACACAGCAACCAAUCAGAGUUCAGAAUCUCUCGGCCGACCGGCUGGCCACCACCCUGAUGUUACCGUAGACCUUUGAAGGUGGACUUCCUGUUUGGGGCAAAAAGGGUUAAAAAGGUCACUUCAUGUGGAUCCAGAGAGUUCGCCAAACAUCUUGUUGUACUUGUAUUACUCAAAUAUAAAAAAACAAAUAUGUUUCUCACCUAAUAUUAAAUUGCAUAUUGCUGUCCGGGCCAUCUUGAUAUUCUGGAAAGAUCCCAAUAUGUGAACUUUUCUGUUGAGAGGCGGAUGAAAUGUUUCAGUUAGAGAAACUCGUAAUGAGACACGUCUCUUUGGUUUGCAUAUCACAUCACAACUUUCCUCUUAAAAAGGCAGUAAAUAAUAUCAGUGGUGUGUUUCUGCAACAGGAAGCUACAUUUUAUAAAGUAUCUCAGUGAAAACGCCUAAAAAUGACGUUCUCGUACAACAAAACUUCAUUCUAAAUGAGGUCAUUUUGUCGUAUUUUACGUUUUUUUUCUACAUAUAAAUAAGUUUUAAAGAGUCCGUGGAAGUCCUCGUAUGGAGUUCGGUCAGAUAAACAUAAACAGUUUAAAAGUAAAAGACAUAACUUAAAAAUAGAAAAUCUACAUUGAAAUAUGAUAAACAAGAGUACGCAAGUGAAAGUGUCAUGUGUGUAUUUAAAGAGAAGAGUGUAGAACUAUAAGUAAUUGUUCUGUAGAUAAAGUACUUUGUUGCCUGUUCUGUGUAAAUUGACAUUAUCGUGUUAAAUAAAACCGUUUCAAACUGCGACUGUAAUCCAGGAGAUAAUACGUUUCCUCCAAACGUCAUCGAGAGUGAAGUUUAGUUGUAUGUGAAUGUAAUUCAGUAGGAGACGAGGUUUAGGAUCAGAAAGCGUUGGAGAGACGAGCGCUUUGUUGUCAUCGGUAACUACGUCCAAUGAUCUCAUGAUGAACAUUAACGUUUUUACGACAUCUGUAGAACCAGGGCAGCGCUGGUUGGUAGACGGGUGAGCAGACGGGUAGGUCACCCAAAUGCCAAAUUUGGCCAAAAUAAAAUGAUUGGACGCGAUUAUUACAGUCCUGCGACAACCGACUUUCUCUUUAGUCCGAGCGUUUAGUUAAACAGCGAAAUAACCUUUCGGUGAUUAAUAAACUCACGUCUCUGCGAGCACGAUGCGAGUCUUGGUGACGUUCUCAAUGGUGAACUUGGUCUUUCCUCCCUUCCCCGCUAUCCUGCCGAUGGCUCUGGAUAAGUGGUCUCCCUUCAGAGGUUUCACUGCCGAGAGACGACGUCAGAAAACAAUUAAACACAAACAAACACAAACACAGAGAUUAGAUGUCGAGUUUCAGAGCAAACGUGUUUCACGUCGUCGUCUUCUUACCGUCCGUGACGUCGAAGCUUUCUAGGAAAAGCUCGUCUAGUCUGAUGAGAGCGAGCGCGUCCUGAGGAGAGAAAGAGUGAGCGUUACGUCACAAUUAAAUAAAUCACAAAUACCACAAUCAAACGAGGGUCAAAGGUCAUUCUCCAAAACAUCACAUGAUCCGACAGCAACACCUCAACCGUCUGUCCUCUGGUGGUGAGAUUCAAUAAUAGGGUUAAGAUUGUUAUUUUGUUAUGCUGUCUGACGGGCCUAGUUUGUGUAUCUGUGUUGGUGUCUCUGUGUUUGAACGAUUAAAACUUUAAAGCCAUAAAAUGAAAACAGUUUACUUACUUCGACCUGGAAUCCCAGAACAAACGCUUUGACAAAAUCUGAUGCUUUAGUGAGCGACCCGAUGUCCUGCGUCUCUUUACAGGUCUGGAAGAAUAAAAACAAACGUUACAAUCAGCUGUUAUUGUGAAGCGGCUCAAAGUCAACGUGAUGAGAACUCACUUUGAUUUCCACAUUCCUGGUUUUGAGGUUGAACCGAACUUGGAGCUGCAGGUUUUCUACGAUUGGCGUGAAAAUCUUCAGCCAGUUGUCCUUCAGCGGCGUGUACCUGUGAGCCG